AUGGCGAGCAAACUCUCAGAUAACCUGCAGGCCUACAAUCAGUCACUAACUCCAUUCCCUGGCGGCCAAGCGGACAGCCUUUCUUGGUGGAAAAACCUUCCAAUCAAUUCCAAAAUCCACCCACUCAAAGCCUUCUCUAAGACCAUCCUCUCAAUUGUAGGGCAUGCAGGGGAAGUAGAGCGCACAUUCUUUGAUCUUGGCACAACACAAUCUGCAUGA